AAGAAGGAACGAACUGAUGUUCAGACAACCCAAUACCACCUAAUAGCAAAUUAUGGCGUUGAGAGGAGCAGCUGUUGCCGGUGCCUGCAUUGCAAGACAACGAACGACCCCUUUUCUCCUUUCACUUCCUCAAAAUUUCAGAGUAAGAUUUCAUCAUCAUUCCCCUUCACAUCCUCUUCAACGAUUCGCAUCUUAUCCAAACUACAAAACUGUAUUUAAGUAUCAGAUUCGGUCAAUACAGGAAGCAACCGCAGAUACCGUAUCUUCCCAGAAAGCAAAAGAUGAUGAUGAUGAUGAUGAACAACAAUCACCUCAAAAUUGGAAGAUUAAAAUGCUCUAUGACGGAGAUUGUCCGCUCUGCAUGCGUGAGGUCGACAUGCUAAGGGAGAGGAAUAAGCAGUAUGGCACUAUCAAGUUUGUUGACAUAAGUUCUGAUGAUUAUUCUCCUGAAGAGAAUAAAAAUUUGGACUACAAAACAGUCAUGGGAAGAAUUCAUGCCAUUCUCUCAGAUGGAACUGUGGUCACGGAUGUUGAGGCAUUUAGAAAAUUGUAUGAGCAAGUUGGUCUUGGAUGGGUUUAUGCUAUUACCAAAUAUGAGCCUAUUGCAACAAUAGCUGAUGCCAUCUAUGGUGUUUGGGCUAAAUAUCGUCUUCAAAUUACAGGCCGACCACCCUUAGACGAGAUCUUGGAGGUACGAAGAAAGAACAAGGCUGACGAAUGCAAUGACAACACCACUUGCAAGAUGUGAAGUUUCCUAGUAAUUGCUGAUUGCUGAUGGAAGGUCUUAUCUUAUGUGACUCUUUCCUCAUUUUCUACUAAACUUUGUCCUUAUAUGAGCUCACACCCUUAACUUCUUACACAUCAGAAAGCACAUUAUUGUUAUCUCUAUUAAAGAUCAUUGUAAAGAAGAACAGAUGAGGUUGUCCUUUGUGCGAUGGUCACAGUGAGUACACAUGUAAAAGUUUAAACUUCUGUAUAUUGUUCAUGUAAUUGCAAUAUUCAAUAACUCUAUAUUGCUGCAAAUUUCCACUGGUAUUUGGUAGUGAGUUUCAGGUCUGUGAAACCUU